AGCUUUGAUCUGACGCACUAUUCGUCAGUGGAAGUUACUGUAUUGGCAUUGGUUGUCAGUGCUGAGACUAGUGAUAUUGUUAGCGUUGAGUAAGUGAGUCCCGAAAUAAUGAACAAAAAAGGUAGUAAGAUGGAUGUAGAAAUAGCACCCUUACGAAGUCUAGGUGAUUUUAUGCUGGAGUCGGCGAGAUUUCAAAUCCCAAACUUUCGUGAUCUUGACAAAUGGGAAAAAAGAGUUGUAAACAAUCUUUUGUAUUACCAGACAAAUUAUUUCUUACUGGGCAUAGUAAUUUUCGCGAUCGUGGGUGUUAUUCAUCCAGUGGAUUUGUUUCUGGGAUUUCUGUCAACAUUUGGUGCAUUUUGCCUUUUUUACUAUUUCAUUAACUCUUCAGCAUCAACCAGAGCAUUUAAGAAGAACUACCCAGUUUUUGGACUGAUACUUAUAUUAGUUGCCAUUCACUUUGCUGUUUAUUUGCUGGGGUCCAUGUUAGUUUUUCUGAUGGGUAUAUUGCUUCCUGUUGCAGUAACAUUUGUGCAUGCAUCUAUGAGACUUCGAAACAUGAAGAAUAAACUUGUUAAUACGAUGGAGGCAAUAUGUUUGAAGAGAACACCAAUGGGUGUUUUUCUGGAAUCCAUUGACAAGUUCACGAGUGAAAUGAGUGGAGAGGCGCGUACAAAAUUGAAAGAUGCAAAAUCAAAGUAAAUAUGGCAAUGACUGUAGAAAGGUAAAAUUAAAUAUAUUAAAGAAGAAGCUCACAAGAUACAGGAAAUCUUUCCAGACAAACACCAGACAUCGCCUUUACCAAAUUAACUUUAUUGUUGGGAAGAAAAUAUAUUUUGUGUUUAAGUUCAGCAGUGUACAUGUAUUGCAGUGAUCUAGUGUACAAUUCAAUCAGUUUGAAAGAAAUGUGUAAAAGUGCAGCUGUGCAUCUUGCACUUCAGUUUUAUAAAACUAUGAAGAUGAAGAGAAGUUACCAACUGCUGAAUACUAUAUCUUUAACAACGAGGGAAUAAAAAAAGAUCUUGUAUUCCUUAGAACCUUCAUAUUGCAUACUCUCAACUUUGAUAAGACAAAUUACUCUUAGCAUAACAGAAAAUAAGUGAUUUGGUUUCACUCAGAAGACUAUAUGUGUAUCAUAAAAAUCCACUUUUAGGUACAGAUGAAACUGAAAAGAAAAGGAGAUGCAGUAUUUUCAUAUCCAUGUUUAGUGAAGUGACAUAAUAUAUGCUAUUUUUCUUGAUAUAGAACUCAAAGCUAUUGUGAACUAUAAUAAUAAGAUAAAAUGGACAAAAAUGAUUGUGUCAUUGGGCUUUCAAUGUAACUUUUAAUAACCGUUCAUACUACAUGUGAACAGUACUACAAAACUGUGAUACAAUGUUGACUAUAAUAUUAAAGUGAGAUUUAAAA